UCUUGACGUUUCCAAGGUACUUCUCGUCAGCUGGAUCUCGCAAUGGGUUCUGAGCAUUGCAGAGACGUCUUCUCUCGCUGACGAUGGCCACCUCUACUGUUCUACAAGGAGGCGCGUACGUUGCGCAAUUCAUUUAUGCUGUCUCACAUAUGUGAGCCAGAUGGUCUUCCAGAAAACUGCCCGGCGCAGGACUCCUGCGGAGGCACCAUGCCCAAAGUGUGGCCGCUGCUUCUCUCGUAACGACUCAUUGAGUCGGCACAUGAAGACUCAUGUCAGCCAUGGGAACCAACGGCCGGUGCAUCGCAUCAUCCAGGACAAAUUCCGUGCAUGUAGUGGCUGCCGGAGGGCAAAGAUCCGCUGCACAGGAAGCCUUCCUUGCGCCAGAUGUGACCAGCUCAAAUAUGAAUGUCGUUAUGACCAGAAUAGGCGCGACCAAAAACCAUUGGCUGGCACAAGCCCUUCAAGGACGUCUCCGACGACUCAAGUCGUGCCUGACCUCCAGGACACUCUACCGCCAUCAGCGACGUCCGCGCCAAUGCUCGAUGAUCAAGGAUCGGUUCUCCCAGGAACAGUCGCCCAGAUAGAAGGACUGCUCUCAAAACCCUCGAAUAACACUGGUGAUGCAGACCUAUUCCAUCUCUCCUAUCCUGAGAGCACGACUUCGGCCUUGCCUCUGGGCCUGGUCUGGGAUUCUGACGCCAGAACAGUUGCCUUCGAUAAUGGUGGAGAUCUUUCUGGUGGCCCUUCAACUUAUGUAUCACCUACCAUGCAUGUUUUAGACCCCUACUCCUACAAAUUACCUUCUCUUGCGGGCUCGCAGGAAGCACCUACACCGAGCAGUCAGGCGCUCUCUCACUGCAGAUAUCCCAUCCUGCAAUAUCUAUCACCUUUCACCGACCGUGAUUUUGGCUCUAGCCUAGCAUGCGACCUUCUGGACACAUAUUUCUCCAGUGCAUUUUCCAGUCGCAUGCACCCUACCUGCCACCACAUUCACAAUUUCAUCCUCCGGAAAUGCGACAUACUUGAUCCGGUUUCACCACGUCAAACCCAUCCAGCCUUGCUCGCUAGCAUGCUUUUUGUGGCUGCCUUAAGUGACAAGGCGCUUGGAUUGUUCAGCGGUCCCGAGGAAAGGGACCGCGUCUGCAAGUAUCUAAGUCGCCUCACCUAUCGACUUUUAAAUCCAUCUCGAUACGAACCACUCGUCACACAGGAAGACCUGGGCCUUUCUCCUGCAGGUGUGUCAGAUGCAGGUUGGACUAACGACGAAUUGCGACGAGUAUUGGAUCCCCAACAGGAGUCAAAUGGUCUCCCAGUUGCAUGGGGUACAGACUACGUCAUGGCACUGAUUCAUGUUUCCUCCGUAAUCUCUGGGUCCGAGAAGAAGGCCGCAUCAAUCAGAUGGUGGUCGAUAGCAUUCAACCUCGCGAGGGAUAUGAAACUGAACCAGGAAGUCGAAUCCUAUGUGAUGCCACAUACUCGAGGAGCUUCUCUGCCCAAUGUGACUUGCAAAUGCUCUUCCAAUGAGACCGAAGAUUCGACCGGAGAAGUCCAUCGGGAAGAACGUCGACGAACCUGGUGGCUCUUGUUCUUGAUGGAUCGACACCUAGCACUAUGUUACAAUCGGCCUUUGGCUCUCCUGGAAGCGGAGUGUCGAAAUCUGUUACUCCCACUUGACGAUGUGACCUGGCAGUCUGGUGCACAGCCCCACAGCCACGGUACUCGGGCUGAUGGGCCACGGUGCAUGCUGCUACCAUCAGGAAAAGGGCGACUUCACGGACCACCAAAUACCUGCUCUGGACUUGGGCUCUUUGGAUUUUUCUUGCCUCUUAUGACAAUCACGGGGCACCUAUUAGACUUCAAUAGGGCAAAGAGCGACCCCGUUGUGGCUGCUGCAUCCUCUUCAAUGUGGACGGUUCAAGAGCAUCGUAUAAUGCGCCGAUUGGACAUAUACCAAACAACACUGGAUGAACACACGGCACGAGGUGCCUCUCAACAGGAUUCUGAUGAAGGAUCUGCUUGGGAAGGGCAAACCGCCGAUUCGGCCGAUGUCAACGAAGACAAGCAUGUCGCAAAGCUUGUCCAUGGAUACAGUUCGCACAUCUGCCAUGUUCUUCAAAUUCUAGUUGGAAGCAAAUGGGAUCCAGUCUGCCUCUUCGAGGAUGCAGAUUUCUUCACUUCAUCAGAGACGUUCUCUCAGUCGAUGUUUCACACUAUGGCGGCCGCAGAGUGUGUGAAGACCGUGAUCUUGGCGUUUGAUGAAGAUGUCAGUUUCAUGCCAUAUUUCUUUGGCAUUCAGCUGCUUCACGGUAGCCUUUUACUGCUUCUGGUUGCCUUCCGUCUACUCGGCAAUUCAGGAGAUGCUGUCCUCGCCGGUUUGGAGGCGGUCAUCAGGGCAACGGAAGCUUGCUAUAUUACUCUUCCGACCGAUUACCAACGACAAUUCCGAAAUGUCAUGAGGUCUGCGACGGCUCUGGCAAAAGGAAGAAGAAACAACCCGAGCGAUACGGAAAAGCAAUUAGCUUUCGUCCUUGCUCGAUAUAGGUGGUCUCGAAAUGGAGCCGGCCUUGCUCGUUGAAGUCCUGGACAUUAGCUGCAACAAUCUUGACUCGGUCAACUUUGAGCAGACUACACUGACGGUGUCGGAGGAAGUUCCGUAUUUCGAUCUUUUGAAGCAACCAGGGUGAGAGUGGAUGAUUCUGGUAUAACGCGCGCACACAGCUGAUAAAGUUUAGAUACCAAUGAUCGGGGUCGA